CGAUAAACUUUAGAAAACCUAAUGGGUCGCAAGGGUGCUGCUGCGAAGAAGGAUAAGAAUCUGAAGGCGGAGGAAUCUGAGAAGCGAGGGACGGUAGAAAACCUAAUGGAUCAUCGCGAGGGUGCGGCGGGGGCGAAGGGGGAGGAAUAUGAUAAGCAGAUAGUGUCUCUGACCGAAGCAGCGGCAAAGAUCGAUCCUCCUCAUCUUAUUGAUCACCUCGUCAAAGCAAUGAGAGAGUGUUUGUGUGGGGAUGAUGAGCUGUUGUCGAGGUAUACCGAUUACUUUGAAGAGGCAUUCUCAGGAGUAGCGUUCCCAUGGGUGAAGAUGUUCAAGGACGCUCCUUUGUCCACUCUCAUCGAUAUUCCGUUAUCUCAAAUUCCUACGCCUCUCUACAAUUUUCAGUCGAUUGGAUCCAACAACGUCAAAUUGAAUACUCUCGGAUAUUGUAUCUUGGUUGUGUGAUCGUAUUCUGGACAA